UUCCAGCGUUGCGCGUGGUGUAAGAAAUUUCCGUUCGUUAGUAAUACGAUGGCAAAAGUGUGCGCGUUCUGGAAUUGCAUUGAUUUUUGGGGGCAGAAAGCGUGAAUAGAGAGAGAGAGAAAUGGAAGGUGCAGACGAAGGAAUAGAGAGGGUUGUGGAUUCGAAGGACUUGCAGCAACAGAGCAAAGCUUUCGACAAGCUCACAGACCGCGUCGAGGAUCGCCAACUCGAUUCUUCUCGCGUCCAAGAGGCCAUGGCAUCAAUUGCUGCAUCUGCUGAAGCUGACUGGCAAGCCAUGCGUAUGAGGGAGAAAGAGUUAGCUGCUGUCAAGAUAAAUGCCGCUGAUGUUGACAUAAUUGCGAAUGAACUAGAGCUGGAUAAAAAGGUUGCUGAAAGGACCUUGCGUGAGCAUAAAGGUGAUGCAGUAGCUGCAAUCCGGCACUUGCUUCGCUAGAGUUGUGGGAAUGGAAGUGUCAAUGUUUAUCUCAGUCAUCUGAAUACCAAGACCUAAUUUUUGCUCAGAAAUCUUAUAGCUAUACAUUCCCUGUACUGAAACACGUGUUUAAAUGUUUACAGAAUUACUAUAUUCAUACAUCAAGUCUUUCUAGCUAACACUGGAAAGCAUAAAUUAUAUAAAGGAGCUAAGAAUAGAAUAGAUUAGCCAAGUUGUAUUGCAUUGUUCUGCUCUUAUGUUUGGUGCUGACCUUUAGACGAUACAUUGGGCUCAAUUCAAUCUAAGUAGUUAGAACCAAUAAAA